AUGGCUCAUUUUGACGAUAUUGAACGAACUCAAAUAAUAAUGGAAAGAGAAAGAGACAGAAAGAAGAUAACAACAAUUGCAGCAAAGCAUCACUGUUCGACUGGUACUGUCCAAAAAAUAUUAUCUCGUUACUACAACACGAGAAAUAUAACUGGGGGAGUAUCAUCUGGUCGUCCACAUUCUCUCUCAGGAGUCGAAAAACAAAAAUUGGAUAAAAUGAUCAAAAGAAAACCAACAGCUACUGCAACAGCACUUGCAAAUGAAAUAUUCGAAAAUACCGGUAAACGUGUUAGCGCUAGAACUAUCCAACGUUAUCGUCGUGAAUUAGGAUACCGUCCUUAUCAUCAAAAAAUAAAAAAAUCACUCACAUCGACACAAGAAGAGACCAAAACUGCUUUUGCACAGUUGCAAGCCAAUGAUAAUAUUAAAAAUUGGUUAUUUUGUGAUGAAAAAAUAUUUACGAUGAACGAUGUUGGUACUAUUGCAUGGUGUAAGCCUGGCGAACCACGACCUACACAUGUUGUUGAUAAUAUCAAAGCACAUGCACAAGUAUGGGGUGUAAUUGGUUGGAAUUUUAAAGCAUUUAGUAGAUAUGAUGGGUAUAUGAAUUCAGCAACGUAUCAUUAUCUCCUCUCUACUCAUGUAGGACCACAUACUUCAAAAUUGCGAAGACACAAAUUCUACCAGGAUAAUAUUUCAUAUCAUAAAUCAGGACCAAUUCUUACGUGGUUUAAAAAUAAUGGCAUUCAAGUGCUAGAUGCUCCUGCAUAUUCUCCGGAAUUUAAUGGUAUAGAAUAUGUCUGGUCUUGGAUAAAAUCGAACGUAGCAGCACAACAGCCAAAAACAGCAGCACAAUUAAAUGCAGCAAUAGACAAUGCAUGCAAUGAUAUACCACAGAAAGUCAUACAAUCUUACAUUUCUCAUGCUUUAACUGAAAUUCAAGAGAGAGCUAAUGAAUAG